AUGAGAAGCUUGAGGGAUGCUAGACUUUCACAUGGUAACGGUGGCGCAAAAGCGUGGCUUCCAGAAGCUGUCCUCAUCACCGAGAGUGAUGUUAUAACUAGCGGGCUCAGCAUUUCUGGGCAAACUGGAAUCACACUGGAAAAUGUCAUUAGCCAAAAUAAAGGAUUGGAUCAAGCUCGACAAUCGCACAUUUCUGUUACAACUUACACCACUUCUCAGUUCUCUAUGGACACCGAAUCAGUGAUGGAGUUUUUAGGAGGUGUUCCUCUGCUUCAGAGGUUACCUAGCUCGUCUCUCAAGAAAAUUGCUCAGCUCGUCAUUGUUAAACGCUACGAGGAACGACAGUAUAUUAUCCGCGAGGGGGAAGCUGGGGAUGGAAUCUAUUUCAUAUGGGAAGGGGAGGCUGAAGUCUGUGGAUCGGUAAAUGCAGAGGAAGAGAGUCGUCCUGAGUUUCAAUUGCAAAAAUAUGAUUACUUUGGUGAUGGUAUGUCUGCAUCUGCUCAGCAGGCAGAUGUAAUUGCUUUGACUAAGCUUGUUUGCUUAAUGCUACCUCGUGAUCAUUACACUUUGCUUCGACCAAAAUCAAUAUGGAAUGCAGACAAGACAAUUGAAUCGUGCUCCCUUGUGGAGAGUAUAUUGCAUUUGGAGCCGAUAGAAACUAAGGUUUCAUUGUGUGUGUUGAAGGUAAAUAUAUUCCAGGGCUUUACCCUGCCAAAUGCCCCACGAUUUGGAAAGGUCUUUGGAGGACAGUUUGUUGGACAGGCAUUGGCUGCAGCAUCAAAAACAGUUGAUUGCCUUAAACUUGUGCAUAGCUUGCAUGCUUAUUUUCUUCUUGUUGGGGAUGUUAACAUUCCAAUUAUAUACACAGUUCAACGGAUACGUGAUGGGAAAAGCUUUGCUACCCGAAAAGUUGAUGCAAUACAAAAAGGAAAUAUCGUAUUCACACUAAUGGCUUCAUUUCAGAAAGAAGAACACGGGUUUGACCACCAGCUAGUUCCAAUGCCAGCUGUGCCAGAACCGGAGCUGCUUUUGUCAAUGGAAGAGCUACGUGAGAAACGUCUUACUGAUCCUCGUCUUCCAAGCGUUUGGUGUAACGUGGUUCACUUGAGCUAUCGCAACAAGGUUGCUGCAAAAGAAUUUGUUCCUUGGCCAAUAGAAAUAAGGUUUUGUGAGCCCAACACUAACACUAAUCAGACAAAAUCUCCUCCAAGCCUGAAGUAUUGGCUUAGAGCAAAAGGGAAACUUUCAGAUGACCAGGCGUUGCAUAGAUGUGUAGUGGCAUAUGCUUCUGAUCUCAUAUUUCUUCAAGUUAGCGUGAAUCCCCACCGUGCUAGGGGUUUGAAGCCAUCUGCAGUUAGUCUAGAUCACACGAUGUGGUUCCAUAGGCCUUUCAGAGCUGAUGAGUGGUUAUUAUUUGCGAUGGUGAGUCCUGCUGCCUAUAAUGCACGGGGUUUUGUAGUUGGCGAAAUGUUCAAUAGAAAAGGAGAGCACGUUGUGUCAGUAACUCAAGAAGGUCUUCUUAGAACAUUCACAACAAAAAAUCCAGCCACAAAACCAAUAACUGCCUCGAAGCUUUAG